AGAGACCAGACAUUUACUACAUCAAACAAGAUGAGACCAGACUUGCCUAAUAAAAGAAGAAAGAGAAAUGAUUCCAUGUUCAAAAUAGGGCUACCAAACGUCUGUUUAAGAGCUGAACAAACCCGCAUAGUAGGGCGCUGGCCCUGAGAGUCACUGAGUCACACACCGAACACAACAUUCAAAAGCCGAUCAUCUCCAAACUUUUGGCCCUAACUUUCACGUAUUCACAUUUCUAUUCAAUCUUUUAACGCAGCUCUCCCUUCCGCAUUGAUCAGUUUGUAGGGUUUUUGAUUUCUCACUGUAUCCAUUCAUGUGUGUAUUUGUAUAGUCUGAAGAUGUAUAGUAAUUUCAAAGAGCAGGCGAUCGAGUACGUGAAACAAGCAGUGCAAGAGGACAAUGCGGGGAACUAUGCAAAAGCGUUCCCGCUGUACAUGAAUGCUUUGGAAUACUUCAAGACCCACCUCAAGUACGAGAAGAACCCUAAGAUCAAGGAGGCAAUCACCCACAAGUUCACGGAGUACUUGCGCCGGGCAGAAGAGAUUCGAGCCGUCCUUGAUGAGGGUGGUACAGGCCCCGCUUCCAGCGGCGGAGAUGCUGCUGUGGCCGCCAAGCCAAAGACUAAGCCAAAGGACGGGGAGGAUGGGGAGGAUCCUGAUCAGGCUAAGCUCCGGGCUGGAUUGAAUUCAGCUAUCGUUCGGGAGAAGCCUAAUGUCAAGUGGAAUGAUGUUGCAGGGCUCGAGAGCGCCAAGCAGGCCUUGCAGGAGGCUGUGAUUUUACCAGUCAAGUUUCCUCAGUUUUUCACAGGCAAGAGACGGCCAUGGAGAGCUUUUCUUUUAUAUGGUCCUCCUGGAACAGGAAAGUCCUACUUAGCCAAGGCAGUUGCUACUGAAGCCGAGUCAACAUUUUUCAGUGUAUCAUCAUCGGACCUUGUUUCAAAGUGGAUGGGGGAAAGUGAAAAGCUUGUCUCUAACCUUUUUGAAAUGGCUCGUGAAAGUGCUCCUUCUAUUAUAUUCAUAGAUGAAAUUGAUUCCUUGUGUGGACAGCGUGGGGAAGGGAAUGAAAGUGAAGCUUCCAGACGUAUAAAAACAGAACUACUUGUGCAGAUGCAGGGUGUUGGACAUAAUGAUGAUAAAGUUCUUGUCCUUGCAGCCACAAACACUCCAUAUGCUCUUGAUCAGGCAAUCCGGCGACGAUUUGAUAAAAGGAUAUACAUUCCUCUCCCAGAUAUGAAGGCACGCCAACACAUGUUCAAGGUUCAUUUAGGAGACACCCCUCACAAUUUGAGUGAAAGUGACUUUGAAGAUUUGGCUCGUAAAACAGAAGGGUUUUCUGGUUCAGAUAUAUCCGUUUGUGUUAAGGAUGUCCUUUUUGAACCUGUGCGCAAAACACAAGAUGCAAUGUUCUUCAUGAAGACUUCCAGUGGUACAUGGAUGCCAUGUGGACCAAAACAACCAGGUGCCGUCCAGAUAACAAUGCAGGAGCUUGCUGCGAAAGGGCUUGCUUCAGAGAUCAUCCCACCGCCCAUCACAAAGACAGAUUUUGAUAAGGUGGUUGCGCGUCAACGUCCAACUGUUAGCAAAGCCGAUCUUGAUGUGCACGAGAGGUUUACGAAAGAGUUCGGAGAGGAAGGUUGAGGAGAGAGAUAAUGUCCUCUGUUGGCUCACAAUUCACCACUGCCAUGCUGCUGCAUCGAUGAUCUCAUUGUAUUAUGUUGUAUGUUUGUAUCCCUUAUUUCUAGAUAGAAAGAAAACUCGGUCUGGUGAGCUGGUUUCAACGCAUCCCAGCAACUAUUUGAAUAGAAAAUCUUCAUUAAUUGUGUUUGAGUCUGAGUAUGGUGGGUUAAAUGACACACACGUGCUCUCAAAACACUCGCACAUUGCAUAUUGUAUUUGUGACUUGAUGACUCUUAAUAUGCUACACAGUCAAUUGGAUACAUUUGUGCCGAGGAUGUCCACACAGGUUAUUCGAAGCAUAUCACAACCUAAAGG